CGGCGGGGGCAGAGACGGCGCGCAGGCGCCCUUGCCCCGUAAGGCCCCGGAAGUGGUGGAGCCAACGGCCCGCUAAACCCGUGGCCGUGCUACCGCCCUUCGUGCUGUCCGGGAUCUGAUAUUUGCUGCUGCAGGGAAAUUGUCUUCCACGGCUUCAAGAUGUACAGGACUAAAGUGGGCCUGAGGGACCGCCAGCAGCUCUACAAGCUGAUCAUUAGCCAGCUGCUCUACGACGGCUACAUCAGCAUUGCUAACGGCCUCAUCAAUGAGAUCAAGCCUCAGUCUGUCUGUGCGCCCUCGGAGCAGCUCCUGCAUCUCAUCAAACUAGGAAUGGAAAAUGAUGAUACUGCAGUUCAGUAUGCAAUUGGUCGUUCAGAUACAGUUGCCCCUGGCACAGGAAUUGACCUGGAAUUUGAUGCAGAUGUCCAGACUAUGUCCCCAGAGGCUUCAGAGUAUGAAACAUGCUAUGUCACAUCCCAUAAAGGACCCUGCCGGGUAGCUACCUAUAGUAGAGAUGGACAGUUAAUAGCUACUGGAUCUGCUGAUGCUUCCAUAAAGAUACUUGACACAGAAAGAAUGUUGGCCAAAAGCGCCAUGCCCAUAGAGGUCAUGAUGAAUGAGACUGCACAACAGAAUAUGGAAAACCACCCAGUGAUUCGAACUCUUUAUGACCAUGUGGAUGAAGUCACGUGUCUUGCUUUCCAUCCAACAGAACAGAUCCUUGCCUCUGGUUCAAGGGAUUAUACUCUUAAAUUAUUUGAUUAUUCCAAACCAUCUGCAAAAAGAGCCUUCAAAUACAUUCAGGAAGCUGAAAUGUUACGCUCCAUUUCUUUUCAUCCUUCUGGAGACUUUAUACUUGUUGGGACUCAGCAUCCUACUCUUCGGCUUUAUGAUAUCAACACAUUUCAAUGUUUUGUCUCUUGUAAUCCUCAAGAUCAACACACCGAUGCUAUAUGUUCUGUUAAUUACAAUCCUAGUGCCAAUAUGUAUGUAACUGGUAGCAAGGACGGCUGCAUCAAAUUAUGGGACGGUGUUUCAAAUCGAUGCAUCACAACUUUUGAGAAAGCACAUGACGGUGCUGAAGUCUGUUCUGCCAUUUUUUCCAAAAAUUCUAAAUACAUUCUCUCAAGUGGAAAAGACUCUGUAGCUAAACUUUGGGAAAUUUCAACAGGACGCACGCUGGUCCGGUACACAGGUGCUGGCUUGAGCGGGCGGCAGGUGCACCGGACGCAGGCUGUCUUCAACCACACGGAGGACUACGUGCUGCUGCCUGAUGAGAGGACCAUCAGUCUCUGCUGCUGGGACUCGCGGACCGCCGAGCGCCGAAACCUGCUCUCCCUGGGCCACAACAACAUUGUGCGCUGCAUCGUGCACUCGCCCACGAACCCCGGCUUCAUGACAUGCAGCGACGACUUCAGGGCACGGUUUUGGUACCGGAGAUCAACCACGGACUAGAGCCACCUGGACUGAAUAGGGUUCUUUUCUCGAGGGCCCCUUUCCUCCUCCCCCGUGCCCCUCACCAGCUCCAGUAGUAAGUCAUUGUGCCAGCUUUGGCGGCAUGCUGCCACCUCUACACCCUUCUCGGAUUUGUACAAAAGAAUCUUUUUUUACCUUGAUGUAGAAUCAUGGUGGAAAAAGUGGAAACGCAGAUCUGUGUGGUGGUUCUGCAUUCACUGAUUAUUACAGUGUGAUUUUCAUCGGUUUUGUAAAUACGGGACUUGCCAUUUCUCUUGACUCUGGAUCAUUUGGAGAAGGAUAGAGUAUUAAAGUGCUUUUCUAGAUCUCGAGUGGGUCUGUCACGAGGAAUUCUCAUCUGGUUAUUCUGUCAACUUCUGUGUCUAUUCUGCGUCUUUGGUUUUUUCCUUUCAGAAUACACUUUAGCAGAUAAGUAGUCGUGCAGCUCUGAGAAUCAAGAGUUUGUGCCAUAUUAAAACCAUUUGAGAGAAUUUAUCGGUUCUCUCCUAAAGGGACAUCAUUCUGAUAAUAAAGCUCAGAUCUGCAACUUUAGUGUCACACAUUUUUCACUUCAAUAAAAUUAAUGGCCGGUUUUUCCUGAGGAUUUACAGGAGAUGGAUCUUUCACCAUGUCGCCUGCAUCGUCCUUUCAUUACCUGCAGUGCUUAUCUUCGGUAAAUGUAUUUCUAGUAAGAGGAUUACCAUUUGAUGGGAAGCAUAAUUGAAAAUAUAUCCAAUCUAAUCAAAAUUAGGCAAGCCCGUUGCUCCUCUCAGGUGUUGCUUAUCUUCACAAAUGAUUAACGUCAGUUAACUUUGUUCUUGUGUCAUUUUAAAUCUUAUUUUUCCGUUCCCUUCAGCAUGAACUGUAACUACUCAUCGUGGACGCACAGAGCAAGUGUGUUCUCAAGAUUUUUUGCAAUUAACCAACUGAUAAGAGAUUUCCUUUUCUUGAAACUUUGUAGAAGUGACACUCUUUCUCUGGACUCAGCUCUAGCUGGGUCCGGAGAGCCCUGAACUCUUGUCACAAAGAUAAACUUCGGUUUAUAUUUAUCCCCAAAUACGAAUAGCUCACAAUCUGGGUAGGAGUGCCUAGAAAUAUAAUCUGGGAUUAUUUGAUAAAAGUGUUAAGUAGAUUAAAGUUAAAAUAAUUGUUUUAUGUUAUAGGAAGUUUAAAUUCUUCUAAAGUUUAUUGCAUAUAAAUUCUGCUUUAAUCAUCAUCCUUGAGGAUCAUUUUACCUCUUUGGUCCAUAAAAGCAUUUUAAGCAUUCUUAAUGUGUUAAAUCACUGGGUUUUAGUGCAGAUUUCCAAAGAGCCCAAUUUUUUGAUCCAUAGCGAGUUUAAAUUUAUUUUUAUUUUGUAUCCUGGUUCUCCAGUACUUAAACUUGGCCAUCUGUGGGUGCUGCUGUGGUAAGAUUAAAAGAAACCUACUAAAUAGGAACAAGGAUAACCAAUUCUACCAAAAAAAUUACCAACCAAAACUCCCUGCUGCUUUUUCUGACCUUUUUUUGCUCUCAACCUUUGAAACUUUCAAGCCGAGAUUUAACAUUUCUGUGUUAUUCUGGUCUGGCACAGAAGUCGUUCUGUGGAAUGAUCACACUGUACUCCUGAUACAAGUUCCAUCGGGUGUUUUUAACUGCAUGAAUCAAAAUAAUGUCUACUUUUUCCCGUUUUUUGGAAUAGUCUCAGCAAUGGGUCCCUUUACAAAAUCAAGAUACUUUUGUGUGUUUCCAAAAUAGACUUCUUUUAUUUUUAUUUUUUUCUCUUAAAAAUCACAUUAAUGUUUUGAACUGGUGUAAAUACCAGCAAUAUUACAUGGACUUGGUGUCCACACAUCACUAAUGUACCACAUGACGCCCUGGCAUUUAAAUGGUGAAUAAUAUCCAGUCAGGAUAAGAACUUAUAAAUUCUAUGUAAGUUUUUAAAGAUAACGUGAUUUCUGAAAUAAACUUUUUGUAUAUAAUGGUAA